AGCUAUAAGCGCCCAUUAGCAAUUCAGCUCAUCAGUUGUUUGCAGUCAGCUCUCACUGACCAAAGCUCUUCUCUCUUUCCCUUCUGUCUCUCUCUCUCUCUCUCUGACCAUUCUCUCUUCAGUCUAUACUCUUCUUCUUCUUCUUCUUCACCACUCAUACUCACUGUUCUAUAUAUAAACCCAAAGAUGUCGGGAAGAAGGUCAAGAUCCAGGCCAGGUCAGUACCCUUCCAGCGGUAGCAAUGUCCCUGCGAUCACCGAGGAUCAGAUCCGUGACCUCGUCUCCAAGUUGCAGCAACUUCUCCCCGAGCUCCACAGCCGGAGUUCCGACAGGGUCUCGGCUGCGAAAGUUUUACAGGAGACAUGCAACCACAUCAGAAGCUUGCAGAGAGAGGUCGAUGAUCUGAGCGAGCGGCUUGGCGAACUACUGGCGACCAGUGACUCGGCAGAGGCCGCCAUCAUCAGAAGCCUACUUUCCCCAUGAAGUUCCAUACAACACAGUUUUUUUUUUUUUUAGUUCGGUUAAAUAAUUCUAGUGAAUGCAAUGUAAUUGGAUAAAUUAAUAGACCAGUUUGAUCCUUUGAUCCUUUCCUUCA